AUGGACGAUUGCUUCGAAUCUGGCAGAAAACACGACUUUGAAGACGACGAGCAUCCAGCAUUUAGUAACGUUAAACAAGAAGAUACUGACGAAGCAAACUUUUCAAGCACAGAAGGUGAUUUGGAGUUGGAUAUGAGUGCCAUCGAGCGUCCAAGUCCAAAUAUGAGGAAAUUUAAGGCAAUGAGAGCUGGCUGUUACUCAAAUUACUUUCAGCGCGAAUUCCCUGCUGGACGAUUCCUGAAAAAGGAACUGGAAUAUAUCGCCAAAACUUAUUGCGAUAAUUACAAAACAUUCUACUACUCAACCGUGAAUGGAGGAAAAGACAAAGAUUCCAUUGCUAGAAAAAAGGCACUGCUGUUGGAAAUGGCUGAACAUGUCUCAAAACUGGGCGACGAGCCAAGGACUGUUGAGCAAAUAGAGCAGAAAAUCCGCGAUGAAAUGAAACGAGUGAAGAAGUACUUGAUUGCCAAGAAACAUGGCAGACCUAAUGGAAAGCGUGAAAUUGUUCUGUCAACACCACAACAAAUGAUUGCCGAUAUGAUAGAAAAAACCACGUUGGAACCUUUUCGACAAAGAAUCUACGAGCCUUCCAAUGGUGAAGAUUCUGCAGCAGGA